CUCGCUGGCCUGAAUUCCACUGCGAAAAUUAGCCCGCGAAUUUGAAAGCUGCAUGCGCCGAAGUUGCAACAGCCACUCUCCUUAAUGAUAUAGAUCUUGAAUCCUUUUUAAUGCACCGUGGAAAUAUUUUAUCGCAUUUGAUUACGCUAGAAAGAAAUGGGAGAGGAUAAAAAACUUGACGCCUGUGUUAAAAAAACCCAAGAUGCUCUAGGGAAGUAUUUGAAAAAGCCACCCUUGACAGAAAAGCUUCUCAAGAAGCCUCCAUUUAGAUUUCUUCAUGAUAUUAUAACUUCUGUGAUAAAGCAAUAUGGACUGAUGCAGGGUUUGUUCACCCCCGCCGAAAUGGUUUCUGACAAUGUUAAGGAGAAAGACGCCAAAAUCAUAUUUCUGCAGAAAGUCGUUGACACAAUGAUUUUGAUCAGUAAAGAAAAUUUAUCUGUCAAGCCGUCAAAAAUUGUUGCCGGACAGGAACCCGAAAAGACGAAUGAACUUUUGCAAGCUAUUGCCAAGGCCUUGGAGAGAAAGCUUGACAGUACGUCUGCGGUUCAAGAAGUUCUUGGAAACAAUACUCAUGAUCGAGGUUCUAAUGGAAAAAAGAGCAAAGCUACUAUGCAAGCUGUAAAUGGACACUCGAGUAAAAAAGAUGAAAAACUAACCAGAACAAGACCUAGAAGAAGCGACUCAAAAGAUUCACAAGAUAGCCCAGACAGACCAAAAGAGUAUGAAAAUGUAUAAUUUUGAAAGAACUUAACAGA